AUGGAUCAGGUAGGGCCAAGGCUUCAGUCUCCAAGUUGGAAGAAAACAUCAGGGACCUCCUCAGUGCCGGGCAGUCCAUCAGGCCUCUCUUCUAUCAGCCUCUCCUCAUCCAGCUGUCCUCAGCUGAGUCCCAUCAAGAAGUCUCCUCCUCUCCGAGUCCCAAGAAGAAGUCCUCCCUCCUCUGAGUUCCAAAAAGAAGUCCUCUCAGCUGCGUCCCAAGAAGAAGUCUCCUCCUCUCCGAGUCCCAAGAAGAAGUGUUCCGUCCCAAUUCUCUAUUUCCCACCUUUUUUCAUCCCCCUCUCUUUUGGUAGUCUUUUUCCUGAUUGGCUGUAUAUUCUCAGCCUAAGGGAUGACCACGCCCUCUCCCCCAGGCUAAGGUAA